UAUGGAAAUCUACACAAUUCUUUUACUUUUUCUUUGUUUCAACAUUAAAAUACAAAUAUCAUCAACAACAAAUUUGGCAAGUGGAAAAUUUUGUUUUCAGAGCUCAACUAGACGCGAAACUGUACCAAAGAAACCCCAUUUUGCAACUAACUUUAACAAUGGUAUUGUUAUUGGUGAUGGCACGGAUUACUGCUCAGUUACGGAUGCAGACCCUUUAGAUGUAUCUUGGUGGUCUGUUGAUCUUGAAAAGGUUUAUUCCGUUACGAAAGUCUGCAUUUUAAGUGUAGAUGAUUCUUCUUAUGAAAAUUUGAAAGAUUUUAAUAUUUUUGUUGGAAAUUUCCCAAAAGACCAUCAAACCAUUUGUAAAUAUGUAACUGGUCCGGUUAAAAGACCAAUUUCAACAGACAUUUCGCAAUACAAUUGUUAUAGCUGUAAUACAGGAUCAAUUGGUUCCUUUGUUACUAUACAACUAACAAGAAACAAUGUAGUGUUGAUUUUGUGUGAUGUUGAAAUUUAUGGAGAUCUAAUUAAAAAGGAUAGAGAUUUUCAUCAGCUAGAUAUGUCAAAUGUGAAAGAAAUACAUGGAGGAAUUGGUGAAAAUCAACCACCAAGAGGAGGUUUUGAUAAUAAUUUUAGAACCAUCUUUCACUCUAGAAAUCAUAUAAUGGUUUAUAAUCCAAAUCAUCAAUUUUGUGUUCAAAAUUUUAAUGGAACAUUUAGAACAGUUUAUGAAUUAAUCAAUAUUCAAUGCAAUCCCACACUUGAAGGAAGAUAUGUACUUAUUAUUCAGAAUGAUUCACCUCCCAGAGAUAGAUUUUUAGAGUUUAGUGAAGUAAACCUCUAUGUAUCUCUACUCGAUGAACAUGAGCUACAAACAUUCAAUGGUCCAACCUAUAAAUCUGGAAUUUUAGUAAAAGUAAAAAAUUACCUACAUAACAAUGUUAGUGAAAAAGUAACAUCUGGAAAUUUCUUAUUUUCUCAUACUGUAUGUUUGGAAUUUGAAUUUAUGCUGACAAAGGAAAUACAACUAAUCUCACAAGACAAUAUAGGAAUCAGUGAAGUUGAUAUUUUUGCAGUUUCAAAAAUAAGUCAUAAAGGUUUGUAA